AUGUCUACUCUCGACUUCAGAAGUACCACUAAGAAGGGCAUCAUCGUUGGAGAGGUUUUCCACUCUGCCUUGCAGAAGAAUCCUGUUGCAUGCCUUGUUUAUUUAAACAUUGAGCCCAUGUCAUGGACUGAGGCACCAAUGCCGACGAAUAACCCACCAGUGUCGACCGCACCAGUGGUAAGGAAUAACCCACCAGUGACAACCACACCGCAACCAGCCGCUACAGUGCCGACCGAGCCAGUGCCAACAAACAAUACAAAAAUACCAAUGAAUAGCUUAUCCAGUGCACAGUACUGCCCCGAUAACAGCAACAUAAUACCAGUUCACCCACCGAACUACCCAAACAUUGCAUACCUAAGGCCAAUGAACCAACCAAUUACCAAUGGCUUUAAUCCAGCCAUGAAUUCUCACGAAAAGAUUAAUGGGCUAGUAAUAAAUGGACUUAAUACUGGACAUAAUGGACAAAUUGUUGGUAGCGCUAACUGGUAUACUCAACAAGCACAAAGCAGCUACGUUUCACAAGCAUCUACAUGGACGACAAACAAAACAUCUGGCUGCGUAAAAAAACAAAAACGAAUUAGAACUGCUUUCACCAGUCAGCAGAUGGUUGAACUUGAAAAAGAAUACAAAAGGACUCAUUAUUUAGACCGCGCUAGGAGACUUCAGCUUGCAGAAGUGCUUCGUUUAAAUGAAAGGACCGUGAAAAUAUGGUUUCAAAACCGUCGCAUGAAGGAGAAAAAAGAAAGAUUAGAAAGUCUUGAAGAAUGCGAAGAAGCGACUAUAACGCAAUCCUCUCCAGAUAUGAAUGAUGUCCAAAUGCCGAUGCUAAUUCAGGAGCAAUAUCCGAGUGCUCCAAAUAAUUUACACUAUCAAUGGAGCAUGUAUAAUAUGGAACAUAUGCCUACUACUUCCAGUUAUGCUCAGGUGCCAGCAGAAAAUAUGCCAGCAACACUCCAACGAGUUCCACCGUUACAUGAGAACACAUAUCCAGUUUCUGGAAAUGUACAGUACAAUGGAGAUCAGUCGCAACAAUGCCAGCAGGGAAACCUUCAAGUUCAGGAAUAUCCUCCAACAUAUAACAACGAAGUCUACGAGCUGCCUUCGCAAGCAGUGCCUCAGAAUGAAACAGUAUCUUCUAUAAAUAGUUCCAAUGAAAACUCUGAUCAAAGUUGGGUUCAUUUAAUAGAUGGAUGGAUAGAUUAUUAG